AUGUCUUCUGAUACUACCUCCAGCAAGAUAUUAACUGAUGACUAUUGCAAAUGGCAUGCUAAUUUAGUUGAUUUACCAAGUUUUCAGACAGAAAAAAUUCGUUCUAGAUUAUAUAGAGCAUACACGGAAGAGACUGGACUGGAUCCUUGGAUAAAGUCUGAAACUUCUGAAUCCCCACAAAGCGAAAAUGCUGAUAAUCGUAUCAUACAAGACAGCUCGUUGGAAACUCAGGUAAUGGCGCCAAACAAAAAUCACCUUUAUCAGUAUGCCAUCGAACAUGGAAUAAAUCCCAAAGAAUUUUCGAUUAUUACAGGGGCUGAGAAAAAUAGGUGGACCACGGGAUGUUUUCGUGGGGAUUUGGAAAGAGAUAUACGUUUCUAUCGUGGUGGAAUAGAAAGAAAAGAAGACCCUAGAAAAUAUCGUAAAUUUUUAACAGAUCGGGAGAGGCUAGUCGGUGAAGAGUUAUUACGUCGCAGCCGGGUUCUACAAAGAAAUGUGAAUGCUCAACGUAAUUUUGGUAUCGAACAAGUGCAAACGCUUAUUACACCUGAUGGUACAAGAACCGAGUUUAAUGCCACCUUCAAUGAAUUUUCAUCGAAUUUGUUAUUUACUCCAGAGCCGUCUCUACAAGAAUCAAAUAUAAUUCAAAACCAUGUGACUGAAAUUUCCGAGACCGAACAAUUGGAAUUAGGUCCCGGAAAAUUAUUAAGCAAAAGUUUUUAUUAUCACACAUUACCAUGUACGAAACGUCUCGCUCAGUUAUAUGAUAAAGCUAUUGAUGCUGAGGAUGGUGCAAAUAGAGCUAACCAAGAAGAAAUCUUAU